UAGGACAAAAAAUAACGGUAUCUGGGAUAGUUAUAAACAUUUUGUAGUUCAACAAAGUACUAAAUAAAUAAAAAUCGUUGUUUUCUCAAAAAUUUCUAUUAAAAAACAAGAAAUGGGAGAUAAUCUUCGCCGACAGGUAUUAAAUACAUUUAAAAAAUUGCAUCGGACUCGAAUGAAUACUUUUAAAGGCGAUGAACAUGCAUUAACAGUUGUAAGGAACAAGAUAAACGAAGAGUAUAAAAAAUAUAAGCAGGUUACGAACUCAACUACUAUUGAAGAGGUCACAAGGCACAUUUUAACAAUGGCCAACUUAGAAAAAAGAAUAAAAAUGGUAAAAAAUUAUCCGGUUUUAUAUGACUUGUCCCACGAAGACUAG